AUGGAUCAGCAUCAGCUCCUUCCUCACGUACUCAUCUUUCCAUUACCUAUUCAAAGCCCAGUGAACAGCAUGAUGCAGCUGGCAGAACUUUUGUGCUUGGCUGGGAUUCGCGUAACAUUCCUCAUCACAAAAUACAACCACAAACGUCUUCUGCGGUGCACCGACAUUCAAACUCGAUGUGCCGGAUAUCAUGGACUGCUCCAGUUGGAAACCAUUGAGGAUGGCCUGCCAGAAGACGAUCCUCGGAACGUCGAAAAGUUCGCGGAGAUUAUGGAUUCCUUGCAAACUGUGGCGCAGCCUUUCUUAAGGGAAUUUCUACAAGGUUGUAAAACACCCAUCACUUGCGUGAUAGCAGAGGGAUUCUACUACUAUGCACUUGAUAUCACGGAGGAACUCGGCAUUCCAUUGAUCUUUUUCGAAACAAUAAGCCCUUGCUGCCUUUGGGUGUACUUUUGCCUGACUAAACUCAUGGAAGCUGGUCAACUCCAUUUUAAAGGGGAUGACCUGGACACGCUGGUGACAAGCAUUCCGGGAAUGGAAGGUGUUCUCCGGUUUCGAGAUCUCCCAGACUUUUGCCGGCGAGAUUACAGCCUAGACGGGAAUGCGAGGCUAGUGUUCAAAUCAAUCCAGGCGUAUCCCCGGGCAGCGGGCCUCAUCCUCAAUUCAUUUGCCGAGCUGGAAAGCCCAGUUUCCUCUCAUCUCCGCUCAGAUGUUCCCCAUGGCCCGGUCAAUUGUAUGCUCAAACUAGCGGAAUUGUUCUGUCUUGAAGAAAUACACGUCACUUUCAUCAACACAGAGUACAUCCAGGACCGAUUGAGAAGCUUCAGCGAUGCCGAACCCCGUUUCAAACGCUACCCCAAUUUCAGGUUUGAAACCAUCCCAGAUGGGCUUCCUGAUGGUGCUCCCCGUACAGGUGAUGGGCUUGUGAAGUUAUGGCUAUCCAUGGAAGCUGUGAGCCUCCCAAUUUUAACAGAGAUGCUGACCUCUGGUUCGUUUGGUCCUAAUUCCGAAAACCCAGCGACUUGUUUUAUAGCUGAUGGGUUCUUCAGCUUCGUUUGUGAUAUGGCUAAAGAAAUCAAGCUCCCGCUUAUUUAUUUUGACACCGUAAGUCCUUGUGGUCUCUGGACUUACCUCUGUCUUCCAAAACUCAUUGACGCCGGAGAAUUCCCAUUCAAAGACAAUGAUUUGGAUGCGCCGGUGAAGAAUGUGGAAGAGAUGGAAUGUGUAAUGAGACGUCGGGAUCUUCCCAGCUUCUACCGACUUAACUCAGUUGACGAGAUAUUAAUCCAGCUCCUACUGAAAGAGGACGAACAACUACCUCGGGCCGAGGCAUUAAUUUUCAACACAUUUGAAGAACUUGAUAAAGGCACACUUAAUCUGAUGCGAACAUUAGGCCCAAAAGUCUACGCUGUAGGGCCAAUUCACACCCUCCUAAAGUCAAGACUCCCUGAAGUCUCUUACCAUAGCCUUUGGAAAGAAGACAAAAGCUGUAUUCAGUGGCUGAAUAAGCAGCCAUCAAAAUCUGUAAUUUAUGUCAGCAUUGGAAGCCUGGCAACCAUGACAAAAGAUCAGCUCAUGGAAAUUUGGUAUGGUUUAGUUAACAGCGGAUUUCGAUUCUUGUGGGUUCAUAGAGAAGGUUCGAUUAUGGGAUUGAACAACAAAGAAGAUGAGAUUCCAGAGGAAUUGGCUCAGGCAACCAAGGAAAGGGGAUGCAUUGUGAGUUGGGCUCCUCAAGAAGAGGUAUUGGGUCAUCCUGGAAUUGGUGGGUUUUUGACACACAGUGGGUGGAAUUCAACGCUGGAGAGUAUAGUGGAAGGGGUGCCAAUGAUUGGCUGGCCAUACUUCGUUGACCAACAGGUCAAUAGCAGGUACGUGUCCGAGGUUUGGAAGCUUGGAUUGGACAUGAAAGAUACUUGUGACAGAGUUAUAGUGGAGAAGAUGGUGAGGGAUCUGAUGAAUGUUAGAAGGGAUGAAUUAUUGGAAAGGGCUGGUGAAAUGGCGAAUUUGGCCAAAUCAAGCGUACGACAAGGUGGAUCUUCUUACAAUGAUUUGGUCCGCCUCGUUGAAGACAUUAAGUUGACCAGGUUCAAAUAA